UUUUUAAACAGUGACACGAAAACAAUCGAUGAUCGGCGUGCGCAAUGUUCGCGUUUGUCAACUUGCUGCUGCUACUGCCCAUUUUUGCUGCCCUCGUGGCCCACGAAUGCAUUUAUCAUUUAUCGCUGAGGUUUUCAGGUGCAUUGCUCAGGACAGACCAAGUUUGAGGCGAGAUGAGUCGAUUCUUCGCCACCGGCUCCGAUUCGGAGAGCGAAAGCUCGUCCGAGGAGGAGCAGAUUCAGCGCCAGCCGGCCGCCGGAUUCACCUUCAGUGACGACGAGGAGGAGGCGAAGCGCGUGGUGCGUUCGACCAAGGAGAAGCGCUACGAGGAGCUGACCAACCUCAUCAAGCAGAUCAGGAACCACAAGAAAAUCAAAGACAUGUCCAGCAUGUUGUCCUCGUUCGAGGAGCUGACCAGGGCGUACCAGAAGGCCCUGCCCGUGGUGACCAAGGAGGAGAACGGAGUCACGCCCAGGUUCUACGUCCGCAUCCUCGCAGAACUCGACGCCUUCAUCAACGAAGUCUGGGAAGAUAAGGAGGGAAGGAAGAACAUGUCAAAAAACAACUCCAAGUCGUUGGCCUCGAUGAGGCAGAAGCUGAGAAAGUACAGCAAAGACUUUGAAAAGGACCUGGCCCUGUUCAAGGAAGCGCCUGACGGCGGAGAUGACGAUGACGAGGCAGACAAAGACGAGGAAGUUGAGUCGGACGACUCGGACGCAAAACCGACUGCCAAGAAGUCCACAUUGAAGCAGGAGCCAGAGAAGUUUGCCAAGAGGGGAGGGGGUGAGGAAGACGAGAGCGAAGACUCGAUGGACUGGGGCAGCGACUCUGAGACGUCGUCGUCCGAGUCCGAGGAAGACGCGUACAUGAACAUCAGGGACCGCUUCCUGAAGAAGACCACUGAGAAGGAGGAGGAGGAGACCAAGAAGGAAAAAAAGGAGCGCCGGGAGCGCGAGCACCGCAAGAAGCGCGAGGAGGAGGACGACGAGGGCGGCUGGGAGACUGUCAAAGGGGGCGUCGCCAUCCCCUCGGAAAAGCCAAAGAUGUUUGCAAAGGACGCUGAUAUUGACAUCCACAUUGUUGUUCGCAAGUUGGGCGAAAUCAUGGCGGCGCGUGGCAAAAAGAGGACGGACCGGCGCGAGCAAAUCGAGCUGCUGCACGAGUUGCAGGGCAUCGCCGAGCAGCACAGCCUCGGGCCCGCCAUCCACCUCAAGAUCAAGCUGGCCAUCAUUGCUGCCAUCUUUGAUUACACACCCAAGGUCUCUGACGCCAUGAAGCCCGAGUACUGGACAAAACUUCUGGACCGGAUCCCGGACGCUUUGGACGUACUGUUGGCGCAGCCGGACCUGCGGGUGGCCGACGACAUCCUGGAGGAAAACGAGCAGUUCGAGGAGGCCCCGUACCAGAUCCGGGGCUGUGUGCUGACCGUGGUGGAGCGGCUGGACGAGGAGUUUGUCAAACUGCUCAAGGAGUGCGACCCCCACAGCAACGAAUACGUCCUCAGGCUGAAGGACGAGCUCAAGGUCGUGCAGAUCAUCGACCAGGUGCAGACGUACAUCGAGCGGCAAAACAAGCCAGCCGACGUGUGCCGCAUCUACCUGCGCAAGAUCGAGCACCUCUACUACAAACUGGACACCAGGGCCAUCGAGAGGAAAGAGGGGAAGCUGCCCUCGGACACGGUGACCAACGUGGAGGUGAUGGAGCAGCUGUGCAAGUACGUGUACGCCAAGGACAACACGGACCGGCUGCGGACGCGCGCCAUCCUGUGCCACAUCUACCACCACGCCCUGCACGACAACUGGUUCGAGGCGCGUGACCUGGUGCUCAUGUCGCACCUGCAGGAGACCAUCCAGCACUCGGACCCGUCCACGCAGAUCCUCUACAACCGCACCAUGGCCCACCUCGGCCUGUGCGCCUUCCGCCACGCCAACAUCAAGGACUCGCACAGCUGCCUCGUCGACCUCAUGAUGACCGGCAAGGUCAAGGAACUCCUUGCCCAGGGCCUCCUUCCGCAGCGCCAGCACGAGCGCAGCAAGGAGCAGGAAAAAAUAGAGAAGCAGCGCCAGAUGCCGUUCCACAUGCACAUCAAUCAGGAGCUGCUCGAGUGCGUUUAUCUCGUCUCGGCCAUGCUCAUUGAAAUUCCAUACAUGGCUGCGCACGAGUUUGACGCGCGGCGUCGCAUGAUUUCGAAGACAUUCUACCAGCAGCUGCGGUCGAGCGAGCGCCAGAGUCUUCUGGGGCCGCCUGAGUCGAUGCGCGAACAUGUGGUCGCAGCGUCCAAGGCCAUGCGCAACGGAAACUGGAACGCCUGCUUCAACUUCAUCAUCAACGACAAGAUGAACGCCAAGGUGUGGGACUUGUUUGCGCAGGCGGAGAAGGUGCGCGUGAUGCUGAAGCAGCUGAUCCAGGAGGAGUCGCUGCGGACGUACCUGUUCACGUACUCGAACGUUUACGACUCGAUCUCGAUGGAGAAGCUGUCGCGCAUGUUCGAGCUGGAGAAGGCGGUGGUGCACUCGGUGAUCAGCAAGAUGAUCAUCAACGAGGAGCUGAUGGCCUCGCUCGACGACCCCUCGCAGUCGGUCGUGAUGCACCGCUCCGAGCCGAGCCGCCUCCAGUCGAUUGCGCUGCAGCUCGUCGACAAGGUCAACAACCUGGUUGACUCGAACGAGCGCAUCUUCGAGAUGAAGCAGGGCAACUUCUUUGUGCGCGGCGGAGGGGGUGGAGGGGGAGGCGGGCAGGGCGGCAACUUCCGUGACCGUCAGAACUACAACCGGCAGGAGCGGGGGCAGGACUGGGGGCGGCAGCGCAACCGCGGCGGCGGCGACCGCGACUCGCACCGCGACAACAGGGCCUACUGAAGGUCAAGGUCACCGAAAGGCGAGUGACACAGACACGUGUGUGUGAGAGCGGGGAAGGCAAGUGAUCACGGACCAGCCUCGGACUUUCGCGCCUCGACUACCAAGUGUUUGCAUGGCUGAGAAUAAAGAUGCUCUUAAGGUCAA